GGUAUAUACAUCGUGAUUUGCAAGCUAUAAAAAAUGGGGCUAAACAGAAUGGUUUUACAUAUACAGGAAAUCCUGUUUUACCUGGAUUUAAAAAAAUAGAUGAACCAGGUACUAUUAUAUCUGUUAUAUUAAAACUUGAAGAUGGACAAAUAGCUUUUGGUGAUUGUGUGGAUGUAAUAUUUACAGGUACAGCAGGAAGAGAUGAAAUAUUUAAUGCAGAACAUCAUAUAGAUUAUGUUAUUAAAGAAAUUUCACCUAAACUUGUUGGAUGUCAAUUAAAUAACUUUAGGUAUCUUGCUUAUGAAUUCGAUAAUAUUUAUGAUAAAAAUAAAAAAAUACAUACAGCAAUACGAUAUGGAGUUACUCAAGCAUUAUUACAUGCUGUCUCAUUAUCAUUAAAUUGUACAAUGGCAGAAGUUAUUUCUUCAGAAUAUAAAAUUAAUCUUGCAAAUAAAUCGAUACCAAUAUUAGCAUCCUGCAAUAGAGAUGAUUUUAUGCAGAUUGAUAGAAUGAUUAUUAAAAAAGUAGAUUUGUUACCACAUGCUUCAUUUACAGACGUAAAUAAACAUAUUGGAUUAAAAGAUGUUUAUGGAACAGUGGGAGAAUUAUUUAAAAUGGAUUUUGAUUUAAUAUCUGAUUAUUUAGGUGAACUUCAAAAAGCUACUUUUCCUUAUGACCUUCUUAUAGAAUCACCUAUCAUAGCAAAAAAUCAACAAGAACAAAUUUUGGGAUUUAAAAAAACAAAAGAAUUGUUAGAUAAAAAAGGAUUUAAAGUAUCGUUAAUUGCUGAUGAAUGGUGUAAUACUUUUGAUGAUAUUAAAUUAUUUACAGAUGAGAGGGUUUGUGAUUAUAUUCAAAUAAAAGUACCAGACCUUGGUGGCAUUAAUAAUACUAUUGAAGCAAUACUUUAUUGUAAAAAAAACAGAAUCAAAGUUUGUCUUGGUGGCAGUGCUAAUGAAACUGACCAAUCUUCUCGCAUAACUUCACAUAUUGCUCUUGCAUGUAAUCCUGAUUUUCUAUUAUCUAAACCUGGUCUUGGAGGAGAUGAAGGUGUUAUGAUAUUAAGUAAUGAAAUGUCUCGUACACUUACAAUAUUAAACGAAACAGGACAACAACAGUAA